AUGAAUAAAGAUAAUAGUAUUAAUAAAAAUAAUGUAAACAAUGAUAAUAAUAAUAAUAUCAAUAAUAAUGUAAUUAAAAAAUUAAAAGAAGAAGUAUCAUUAAAGGUUAGAUCAUCAGUUGUAAUAGUUUCAUUGGAACAAGCUAUUGAAGAGAUAAUAUUUAAUUCAAUAGACGCAAGAGCAACAGUAAUAUCUAUUUCAAUAAAUUUAUCGAAUCUAUCAUUCGAGGUAAAAGAUAAUGGAUUUGGAUUGUCAUAUGAAAAUUUAAAAUUUGUUGGAGAUCGUAAUUGUACUUCAAAGAUCAACUCACUCUCUGAUCUUAAAUCAUUAAAAACAUUUGGAUAUCGUGGCGAAUCAUUAGCAAGUUUAUCAAAUAUAUCAUCAUUAGAUAUAAUUUCAAAUUCAUUUGGUUCAACCAUUCAAAAAUCAAUUUCAUUUGGCAAAGUUGACCAAUUUAAAAUUUUAGAUAAUAAUAAUAGUAGUAGUUGUGAUAAUAAUAAUAAUAAUGUUAAUAAUAAUAAUAUUAAUAAUAAUAAUAAUAAUUCAAUAGCUAAUGGCACAAUUGUAAAGAUUAGAGAUUUAUUUAAAAAUUAUCCUGUAAGAAGACAAGGUUUAUAUCAUCCAAAUUUAAAACUAAUAAUUAAAAAGAGAAUUGAAAUCAUAGCUUUAUCAUUCCCAAAGAUUGUAUUCUCAGUUUAUGAUGAAACAAAGAGUUUAACUAUACUAAAAACACCAAAAGAUACAUCAUUUCUUUCUUAUUUCAAACAUUUCUACGGUCAAGAGAUGAUGAAUAAAUUAGAAUACGUAACCUCUGAAAAUUAUAAUAAUACCACCAACAAUAAUAGUAGUUCUUACUAUUUAUCUGGUUAUCUUUCUUCACCUCAUAAAAAAGGUCAUCCAAAUAAAUCUUUUCAAUAUAUUUAUUUAAAUAAUAGAAUAGUUUUAAAUACAAAAUUACACAGACAUGUUAAUCAAUUAUAUCAAAAGUAUAGAUUAUUUAAUGCAACCAGAAAAGCAAACGCAAAUGUAUCAAAAAUUGCAAAAAAAGAGGUGAUUGAUAGUAAUCCAAUAUUCAUACUAUUUUUAAGAUGCUCACAAUUAGAAUAUGAACGUUCUUAUGAACCUUCUUCAAAAACAUUUUUAGAAUUUAAUGAUUGGAAGAAACCUUUGGCUGAAAUUCAAAAUGUUUUAACAAAAUUUUUAACAAAACAUAGAUCUGAUGAUGGUGGAAAUUCAAGAGGUAAAUCAAUAACUACAACAGCACUACCAUCAUCUCAACCAAAUAAUUAUGAUGGAAAAUCAACAUCAACAUCAACAACAACAACAACAACAGCAGGUGAUAUUUCAAUAUUUGAAGAUGAUGAUUUAUCAAAUGUUGUUCAAGACACCCAAGAAGAUGAUGGUGAUGGCUUUGAUAUGGGAUAUAGCAGUAGUAUCGAUGAAGAUGAAAUAAUGAGUUCUCAAAAUGUUCGUGGUACAAGUGUUGACCAAGAUAAUAAUAUAUAUGAAAAUGAAGAUCACCAAGGAAUGCAAAUUGGUUUUGAUGAUUUAGAUAAUAACCAAAUCGAUAGUAGUGAGGAUGAGGAACAUUUAAAAAGAUUAAAAGAAAUAGAAGAGGAAAAACAAUACAUUAAUGAUAUUUUACCAGACUCUUUCUUUAUGAAUGAUAAAAAUGCAACAACAACUACCACAACAACAACAACAACAGGUACACCAACUAAAACAACAACAACUACAAAUAAUUCUAUAUCACCAUUUAAAACAAUCAAGAACAUCUUCACAACAAACAUCACCAUUCAAAUCUAUAGUAUCACCUUUACAAAUUUCUCCACCAAAAACAACUCUUUCGCAAAGUCAAAUACAGAAAUCAUCACCUCUUAAACUAUCAAAUGUAAAUAAUCAAAUAAUUGACCAAUCACCACAAUCUUCUUAUGAUGAAUCAAUAGAAGUUACACAACAACCAUCUACUUUACCAUUGUCUCCAAUUCCUUCACCUCGUAUUCAUAGAAAUAUUCCACACAAUAAAAAAGAUGAUACUGCUUCCACAUUACAAACAACAGAUCCUUACGAGAGUUCGUCAAGGGAUGUAACAGAUUCUCGAUCAUCAGCGGAUUCAGAUGCAACCAUUUUAGAUGAUAGCCCACCUCCAAGACCACCAAUAUUCAAUUUCCCACAAACUAAAAAUUCAAUACCCACAGAUGAAAAUCACUUUCAUUCAAACAUAGAAGAUCAAGAGGAAGAAAGAAGUGAAGAUACAACCACAAUGACUCCAACAUCUAAAUUAAACAUAUCAUCCCAAACACCACCUACACUUCCACCAACUACCAUUCCACAUAUCACAAAUAACUCAACCCAAAAUAAUAAUAAUAAUAAUAAUAAUAAUAAUAAUAAUAAUAAUAAUAAUAAUAAUAAUAAUAAUAAUAAUAAUAACAAUAAUAAUAAUGAAAAUAAAGAUUUGGUUCCAUUUGUUAAAGUGGAACAAAAUAAUGAUAAGCAAUUAGCAAUAUAUAAAAAUGAAUCAGACGAUGAUGAUGAGGAAGAAGAUAAUAAUAAUGAUGAUAAAGAAAAAAGAAAAUACCAAUUAAAAGUUUCAACAUUUAGAGAAGUAAUUGAUGUCGACCAAAUGGAUGUAACAACAAUUACUACAACAACUACAACUAUUAAAAGUGUAAAAACAGUUACUACAAAAACUUUAUCACCAUUUAGCAAGGCUGCACUGGCAUCAGAUGCUUUAAAAAAGAAUCAAUAUAAGGUAAAGACAGAACAUCCAAUAUUAAUUAAAGAGGAAGAUUAUAAAGAAUUAGACUCUUUGAAAAAUACCUCCAAUAAUGAUCAACUAAAUGAUUCUUCAUUAUUUAGUAAUUCAUGUCUUGAUAUUGUUCCAUUUGAAAUUAGUGAUGAUGAAGCAGAUGAAGACGAUGACAAUUUAACAGGUUUAAAUGGGCAAAAAUUAUUAUUUUUAGAAGAUGGUAAACCAACAAAUAAUGGUAAUAGUAAUAAUACUCUUGCAGCAGCAGCAACAACAACAACAACAACAACUACUACUACUACUACUACUUCACCUUUUCAAAGUAGUCCACCAUCUUCACCAUUAUCACAACCAAUUAAAUCUAUAAUCUCUCAACAAACAACACCUCCAAAAAAUGUAAGAAAAAAUGAUAUUUUUGAUGAAGAUGAAAAAUCAAACACAUUAUCAUCACCAAUUAAAAAGUUAAAGACUGAAAAUGACAUUCAAAAUAAUAUUGCUGACAGUAAUGGUAAUAAAAACAAAAACACUACAACCGAUAAUAUUGAAAUAAUAGUUUUGGAUGAUAGUGAUGAAGAUUUACCUCAAAAUGAACAAACAACGUCAAAAUAUUUUAAAUCAAAUGAACAAUUAUCAUCAACAGAGUCAACAAAAUCAAAACUAAAUCAAAUUAUUUGUAAAUUAGAAAAAGAAUCGUCACAAUCACAACAACUAACAAUACCAAUAACAUCAACAACCUCAACCUCGGACUUAGCACCAACCUCAACCUCGAACUCAGCAUCAACCUCAACACCAACUAUCCAAACUAUAAAGACAACGUCAAACCCACUUACAAUUCCUGAAAUAUCAUUCUUGAGAAAACCAACGGCUAAUGAAGAAAAGAAAUCUUUAUUCAGUGAUUCUGAAUUAUCAACCACUGAAAGUGAGGGAUCCUAUAAUGAAGGUUUUAUUUUGUCAUCAUCAUCAUCAUUAUUAAAGAAAAGAGUUUUAUUUAACAUGGAAGGCAAUCAAUACUAUUCACCACCUCAAAUUCAAAAUAACUCCUCCAGUGACCAAGAUGAAGAGUAUAAUGCUAGUCUAACUUCACCACCACCAUCACCAAAACAACAAUACCAAAAUCACUAUGAACAAAAUGAAAAAGGAAAUCUUUUUAUUAAAGAAGAAAAAGAAAAAGAAAAAGAAAAAGAAAAAGAAAAAGAAAAAGAAAAAGAAAAAGAAUUAGAAAAAGAAAAAGAAUUAGAAAAAGAAUUAGAAAAAGAAAAAGAAUUGGAAAAAGAAAAAGAAUUAAAAAAGAAAAAUGAUGACGAGGUACAACAAGUACAAGAAAAAGAACAUGAUGACCAUUGUUGUCCAACUCAUAACAUUGGUGAUCAUUUAACACUUAGUGGUAUUGGUAAUAUUAAAGAACAUCAAGACGAUGAAUCUCUUGGAGAUGAUGAUGAAGAAAAAGAAUUUAUUCAUGAUUCUGAUUAUAGUAAAAUUGAAUUGGCGAAAAAAUAUAAUUAUACUGAUGAUAGAAUUAGUCCAUUCUUUGAUAAAAGUAUUAAACCUGGUGUUGAAAUGAAAGAUAUCAAUAUUAAUGUUAGUGGUUUUAUUAAAGAAGUUCUAUCUCAAAAAUGUACAGAGGUAAUACCAAAGGAAAUGUUACAAAACUUUAAAUUUAUCACUCAAUGGGAUAACAAGUUUUUAAUUUGCGAAGCAGAUGGUAUUGUAUUGAUUUUAGAUCAACAUGCCGUUUCAGAAAGAAUCAAAUUGGAAAUAUUAGAAAGAAAGUAUUUUGGUGAGAAUAAAUUCGACCUUUGUCCAAUGCCAGAGAGAACAAGAUGGUCAUUAACAGAGUAUGAAUUGGAACUAAUGAGAAUCUAUACAAAACCAUUGGAACAAUGGGGAUUCAAAUGGACAUUCAAUAAAACUUCAAUAAACAUUUCACAAGUACCAAUGUUUUGUUUAGUAGGUUUGGGUGUAAACGAUCUCAGAGAAUUUCUUUAUCAAUUAGAAAGUAGUAAAGGAGCAACUUCAAAUAGACCUCCUGCUGCUCAUAGAAUUUUAGCUUCAAAAGCAUGUAGAACUGCAAUUAAAUUUGGUAAUAAACUUUCAAGAGAGAUUUGUAUAAAACUAUUAGAAGAUUUAAAUGAAUGUAAUAUUCCAUUUCAGUGUGCUCAUGGAAGACCAAGUAUAAUCCCUUUAAUUAAUUAUGGUAAACUCUUUAGUUCAGUAAAAGGUUUAUAUUAA